AUGGUGUUUCAGUUCACAAAUCUUGUGCGUCAGCUAUGUGAUGUGAAUUUUCACAAGCAGGGAAGACAGAUCAUCAACCUGGACACCAUAUGCGAAGAAGACAAAGCUCUCGUGUGGAAAUGGAAUGGGUGUCGUCCGCGGACUAACGACAUUUGUAUCACCGACCUUUUCAGCCAACAAGUCAAGAGGCGUUCAAAUCGACCAGCUGUGCACGCGUGGGAUGGGCUUCUCACAUAUUCUGAGCUAGAUGAACAAUCAACACUGCUGGCUAAGUAUUUGUUACACACCCAGAUUGCUGGCCCAGGACAGAUUGUCCCAGUCUGCUUUGACAAGACCAUAUGGACGACAAUAACCAUAUUGGCUAUUGCGAAAGCUGGAGCUGUUUUUAUCUUGCUUGAUCCGCAUCAGCCUCGGAGUCGUCUAGCAGCAAUCAUGACUCAACUACCAUCCUCGACUAUUUUGACAAGACCAGACACGGCUGAGAUAGCUCAGUCUAUCACCAGCCAUGUAGUGAUUAUUGAUGAGCAUUUCAAGGAGAUGCUCCCCGAGACAACUGCGUUGGGAGACAAUAUGUCGCCAUCAGAUAAUCUCUACAUAGUCUUUACAUCGGGCAGUACCGGAACACCGAAAGGUGUCACCAUAUCCCAUGCAAAUCUUUCAUCCGCAGUUGCCCAUCAAGCGCGCACUCUGGGAUUCAACACAGGUGUACGCACAUUUGAUUCAUCUUCAUACACCUUUGAUGCAUAUGUCUACAAUACGUUUUAUACUCUCUUGACAGGUGGUUGCUUGUGCGUCCCAUCGGAAACAGACCGUAUCAAUAAUCUUCAGGCGGUCUUACAGCAGAUGAAGGUCGAGUUUGCCCAGUUGACGCCUUCAACCUCCCGGUUACUGGAACCAAACAAACUCCCACUACUACGCACGUUGAUCCUUACUGGCGAAAAGAUCAAUCGCACCGUACUGGACCCGUGGUUGAAAACAAAUGGACGAGUGCGCGUCAUCAAUGCGUAUGGACCAUCGGAGUGCACAAUCAUGUGUGCCGCAAAUUGCACGAUUACCCGUGUCGAAGAUGCAGAGAGUGUUGGGUUUGGUCUGGGUGCCAACCUCUGGAUCGCCGACCUGCAUGACAUCAAUCGCCUGGCGCCAGUUGGGGCAGUGGGUGAGCUACUCAUCGACGGGCCCAUCGUCGGCCAGGGCUAUCUCGGCGAUGACCAAAAGACGAUAGAGUCUCUAGUGCAGGUUACCGGUGGUUAUCUGCCGGGAGUGGCACUCGCACCAACCUCCCCCAUGUUUCGUACUCGCGACUUGGCAAGAUACCAACCUGAUGGCUCAAUUUGCUUUAUUGGGCGUGCCGACACACAAAUCAAGAUCAAUGGACAGCGCGUUGAAAUUGGCGAAGUUGAAUAUCAUCUUGGUCAGCUCUUACCCGAUGGAAUUCUACCGAUUGUGGAGGCGGUCCAGUGGCCCUCCGGCCAGAAGCAGCUCCUGGCGUUCAUUUAUAUUGACCAAGAAAAGGGAGAGUCAACCUUAGACAUCAAGUCCCGGGUAGGCGAUUUGAUUGUAGGGCUAGAUAAGAUACUGUCCGACAGACUCCCUCGAUUCAUGAUACCAUCCGCAUUCUUCCCACUCCAAUCUGUACCCAUGACAGCCUCGGGAAAAACAGAUCGCAAGACGCUACGAAAUAUAGCACUAAGUUCUCCCCAUCAAUUACUUGACCCUUACUCUGUGGAGACAGUUAAGGAGCUAUCAAUGGAGGAAUCAAUCAGACCGUUGACCUCGGAUGAGCUGAUAUUGGGGCGAUUCUGGGCACAAGUUUUGUUCAUUCCCAACCCCACUUCACUUCAACCCCAUGAAAACUUCAUUGCCAAAGGUGGAGACUCGCUGGCAGCUAUGCGCCUUGUAGCAUUACUUCAUGAUGAAGGGUAUGGCGGUAUCAGCGUUGCGGACAUCCUCCAAAACCCACACCUUUCCAACUUAGCAGGGUUAUUACGAAAACGCGAUCAUCACGCCCAGUCUGAUGCUGCCAAUAUAUGCACCGACCCAUUCUCAUUACUGCUGGGACGGGCGCCGGAGCCCAAUCAAAUAAAUGCAAUUUGUACCAGACUCUCGAAAACCUGCGGUUGCAAUACGGCUGACGUGGAGGACGUUUACCCUUGCUCCCCUGUCCAAGAGGAGAUGAUGGUGCUCGCAGCUCGGAAUCCAAAAUCAUUUGUCACACAGACUAUGCUGGAUUUGGAGCCUGAUAUUGAUUUGGAACGGUUUGUUCUUGCAUGGAAGAACGUUUCAUUAGCGAAUCCGAUAAUUCGAACGCGGAUUGUUGAUAUGAAAACAAAUCAUCUCAGCGGUGCUAAGCAUCAAAACUUUGCCCAAGUUGUAUUGAAAGGCUUCUUGCCCUUAUCGCGGUACUCCAACCUCAAUGAAUGUCUACAACUCGAGCGCGAUGCGGGCAUGGGAGUCAAUGAACCACUGUUCAGGAUCGGGAUUGUGGAUCAGUCUUCCGAGACUUCCACGAAGGUUAUAUUCACGAUGCACCAUGCCAUCUACGAUGGUUGGUUCCUAAAUCAACUCGGCGGCGAAGUAUUCCGCGCAUAUGAUAAUUUGAAAACAGGAGACAUGUCGGGAGGAUCUCUGAUUCCUUACCGUAACUUUAUUCAAUACCUUCAUGAUUCGGACUCAUCAGCAGCUGGGCAAUUCUGGAUAAAAUACCUCCAAGACAUCAAUCUGAUUGAAUUUCCAGCUUUUCCUGAGGCAAACUAUAAGCCAUACGCAACGGCUAUAGAGGAGCUUCAUGUGGCUGGGAUUGACUGGGCGAACGCCUAUGGAAUCACAGCAAAUAUUCUCGUUCAAACCGCUUGGGCACUUGUUUUAUCUAAGCACUCCGGAGCCAGCGACGUCGUUUUUGGGACCACGCUGUUGGGUCGACAAAUUUCCCUGCCAGGAAUUGAACGGGUGGGUGGCCCGACCAUUACGACUGUUCCAAUACGCAUGACGAUAGACUGGGAAGAGCAGAAUGCCCUGACUCUAGUUCAAAUCAUGCAGAAACAGGCAGGAAAAAUGAUUCCUUUUAUGCACUAUGGCACUUCACGCAUUCGCCAUCUUAACUAUGAUGCAGAGCGGGCCUGUCAGUUCUCCACAUUUUUGGUAGUCCAACCAGCAGCGCAACAGCUUGACACGGCUCCUCAGCGGCUAUUCAAUCUUGGGGGUGGUAACGACGAUAUUCAGGCUUUCAACACUUACGCAGUCAUGCUAGAAUGCUGCUUGACUUCAGAUGGCCUCGCUGUUCGAGCGAGCUUUGACGAGACGAUUCUGAGCAAGGCGGGUGUUCAGAAGCUAUUGUCAGACCUCCAAAUGUUUCUUUCAUACCUUUCGACAGCAUCACAUGAAUCCCCCAGCCUGAGUGAAGUUGGAAUCCUAUCAAAAAUGGAGCGGGAGUGUAUUACUGCUCUUCGGAAGCCCGGUCAAAACAUUCAUGUUCUUGAUGCAGAAGCUCAUCUCAAGGAAUGUCUCCCAGAAGAAGUCGAGAACUGCGUGCUGAAUAUUGUGAGCCUCCCAAAGAUGUCCAAACAGCUGGUGGCUUUUGUUUCUAUGACAAAUAAAGAUACAACUCCUUCAAAUGUGCUGGACAUUAUCUCAAGACCGCUUGUUCAACUUUCGGAGAGGCUCAGCCGACACAUGCUUCCCACAAAGUUCCUUACUCUUCCCCAACUACCCAUGACAGAGCUUGGCGAAAUUGACCGGGACAAAUUGAACCAAAUAGCCACUGAGACCCCAACCGAUCAGUUCCUUGACUACUCCAAUUUGCUGGAUCAUCGAAGGGUGCGCGAUGAUCUACCAAAGACGGAUGUCGAGCUGAUACUGCAGCGUCUCUGGGCCACCACCCUAGACAUCGAUUCUUCUUCAAUUGGUCGACAGACUUCCUUCCUUUCUAUUGGCGGAGAUUCACUAUCGGCAAUGAGACUCGUCGCUGGUCUCCGGGCAGAAGGAUACUCCUUGCAAGUUGCCGACGUACUACGCACUUCUCGCCUAGCAGACCAAGCCACCAAGGUCAGUGAUGAGCUUUCCAACAAGAAUUUGUCAUUGUCCAUUUCUGUUGAAGCGUUUUCGCUGCUUGAACAAUCUCUCAAUAAGGACUCCCUCGCUGCAGCCUGUCAAGUUUACCCAUGGGAGAUCGAAGAUGCAUAUCCUUGUUCUCCCAUUCAAGAGGCGAUGUUAGCACGAACCGCAGUCCGAGCGAAUGAAUUUGUCUCUCGUGGUCUUAUUCCGCUUCCUGCGAGCGUGGAUUUUGGUCGCUUGAAAGAAGCUUGGAACAGAGUGAUCGCCGAGACCCCGGUCCUCCGCACUCGUAUAGUCGAGUAUGCUGGGCAAGGGUUUUUACAGGUUGUUACAAAAGCACUGGCCCCAUGGUCGGAGGCAAAGAGUCUAGAGCAGGUAAAAGCACCAUCCAUGGGCAUUGGAGGACCAAUGCUCUCUUUUGUGCUUAUAAAGUCCUCUUCUAACUCUGGCACCGGGCCUGCUGGCUCUGCAGCCCUGUUGAUGACGAUUCACCAUGCUAUUUACGACCGAUGGUCUGCAUCCUUAGUCAUGAGAAGGGUGGAGUCAUUAUAUCGCAACGAAAUACCAGCAACGAAGUUGAUCCCGUACAGCAGGUUUAUCAAAUAUCUGAUCCGGGAAGUCGAUGAGGAGCGUUGCCGUGGAUUUUGGUUGGGCUAUUUGGCGGAUUGCGCUGCACCGCAGUUCCCUACUCUCCCCAGCCCCAAGUACCAGCCAGUCGCCAACAUGACCACAAAAAGAGAGGUACAUGGGAUCAAGUGGCCUGCCAAUUUCACCCCAUCAACAGCCUUGAAAGCAGCUUGGGCUAUACUCAUUUCGCAAUACCAGAAUUCCGAUGACAUUGUGUUUGGGUCGACCGUCAUGGGUAGACAAGCACCUCUUGCUGGGGUUGAACUGAUUGCAGGUCCCGUAAUUGCCACGGUUCCUAUUCGGGUAACAAUGGAUUGGCAAUUACCGCUCCAUGAGCUAUUACAGGAUAUCCACUCUACAGGAACACAAAUGAUUCCGUUUGAGCAAUAUGGACUUGGCCGCCUACAGCGAUUGAAUGCAAAUUGCCGCCAGGCCUGUCAAUUUCAAUCAUUACUUGUUAUACAGCCGCGGGAUGAAAAUGACAGGGAGAACAACUUCUUGUUUUUGCAGCGAAAUGACGAUGAUAAUAUCGGACACAUGUAUUCCUUGGUCCUGGAAUGCGUCUUGGGUGGCUCAUCUUCAAUGUCAUCGACUGACGCAGUCACGCUAGGCCUGAGCUUUGAUGACCAGGUUAUCGAUGGACCGCAGGCAGAUCGGAUCCUGCUCCAGCUUGAUCACAUCCUCAAGCAAUUGAGCAAACACGAACAUACGGCGGAAAGGAUCUCACUUUCAGAACUUGACCUGCUGCCGGAGCAGGACAGACAGCAGAUUUGGGCAUGGAACGAAGUCCUCCCAGAAACAAUUGAUUCUCGGAUUGACUGUUUAAUCGCAGAAAGAGUGAGUGAACAGCCAGACUCAUUUGCAAUCAACGCCUGGGAUGGUCAAUUAACCUACCGGGAACUGUUUGACAAGGCUCUUCAACUAGCCAAUUGGCUCGUGGUAGAACAGGGAGUUCGACCAGAGAGUCCAAUUAUUCUCUGCUGUUCAAAAAGCAUGUGGACGCCUGUGAUAAUGCUGGCAGUAAUCAUAGCUGGCGGGGUGGUGGUCCUUGUGGAUCCAUCCCAGGCUGUUGAACGCCUGCAAUCCAUCGCUUUGCAGGUAAAUGCGCGAUUGACUUUGGCAUCGCCAACAAGUCAAGGAAUCGCCGAAGAGCUCACUUCUUCUGCGGUGUAUAUCGUGAAUGACUUGUUCUUUCACAGCCUACAACAUUCAUCACCAAUUGAUGACCGCUCAUGGAUUCCAAUUGUGUCGGGAAGCAAUGCCCUGUAUGUGGUAUUUACUUCAGGUAGUACGGGAACUCCCAAAGGGAUCGUCAUUACCCAUGCCAAUGCCUGUAGCGCGGUCGUUCACCAGAAGUCAUACUGGGGCUAUGAUACCACCACUCGAAUCUUUGAUCUGUCUUCUUAUAGCUUCGACUUUGUGUGGGUGCCAUUUCUCCAUGGACUCUAUGCGGGCUCGUGCAUCUGUAUUCCCUCCGAAGAUGACCGCCGUAACAAUAUUGCGGGAUCAAUUCGCGAAUUGGACGUGAACUAUCUUAACAUCACACCUUCCUUGGCGCGAUUGCUGGAACCGGAAUCCUUACCUGGUAUAAAGAAUGUCGCUUUGGGAGGUGAAGCCGUUAAGAUAGAGGAUAUCACUCGAUGGGGGAAGAAGGUAAAGGUUCUCAACGCCUACGGUCCAUCUGAAUGCACGAUAGCCAGCACAAUGGCAGUUCAUGAAACGGACUUUGACAGAACAGUUAACAUUGGCAAACCGCGUGGCUUGAAUGCCUGGAUUACAUCCUGCAAUCACCCGAAGAAGUUAGCUCCCAUCGGUGCCAUUGGAGAGCUUGUUCUCGAAGGGCCCUUGGUUGGAAGGGGAUACCUGAACAAUCCCGAGAAGAAAUCCAGUGCAUUCAUAGAAAAUCCUCCCUGGCUGUCUCCAAUCGACGGCGAUUCGGUCAUUCAUAGUCGGAGGAGACGAUUGUAUCGAACGGGCGAUUUGGCGAGUUGGAACAGCCACGGUAGAUUGGUAUUUGAGGGUCGAGCGGAUACGCAAGUCAAGAUACGUGGACAGCGUGUGGAAUUGGAAGAUAUCGAGUUCCAUGUCAGCCGAUUUCUUGGGCCUUCAUCCAUGGCAGUGGCCCAAGUCAUUGAAGCCAGCACUAUCGAAGACCCCGAAUAUAGCUCCCAGAGACUAACGGUAUUUUUGUCGUCCCACAACUUAAAUGGGGAUGCGGAUUUUACAAGUCAAGGGUGGCGGUACUUUCCGAAGGAAAAGCGCGAGAAUUUGAACAAGCAUCUUACGCAAGUCCUCCCGUUGUACAUGAUUCCCUCGACAAUCUUGGAAUUGAAGCAGAUCCCGCUUAUGCCUUCGGGUAAGAUCGACCGCAAGAGACUCCGAGAAUUUGCAGCACACAUCAAGUUGGAAGGGACUGAAAAAAAUGGGCCAGUCGAGGAACCGCGCACAGACUUUGAGAGGGCGUUGAGGGAGGUCUGGUCGACCCUGCUAGGAAUUCCAGCACACGAGAUAGGCCGCCAGGAGAACUUCUUUGAUCUUGGGGGCGAUUCUCUCAUGGCCAUACGACUGGUAGGGGCUGCUCGACAAAAAGAACUUCCUCUAUCCGUGGCCCUCAUCUUUGAAAACCCACAGCUUGAUCAGAUGGCAGCCCAGCUGUCACUUUCCCUCGGAGACAAAGGACAGCAUCCCGACCUUCCUGUUACUGGCCACCUUCCCCAUUUGAUGGAAUCCUUAAGGCAGGUCCUUCCCGGGAAAUCCCAGGUUGCAAGACUUCUUUCGGCCCCCGAGGAUAUGAUCUGCGACAUUUUACCAGUCACUGAUUUCCAACGUUACGCCAUUCGAUCUGCUUUCACGCAACCUCGAACUGAAUGGAACUAUUUCUCCAUGAAAUUCCGUGGCAUUACUGACACCGCUAAUUUGACAAGAGUCUGUCAUCAGCUUGUAUCGUCACUCGAGAUACUGCGAUGUGUUUUCCUGCCCCAUGACUACCAUGGCCAAUACAUCCAGGUUGUUUUGCGUACCUUGGAAAUCAAGGUCACUGUCAUCCAUGACCCUGGUGAACCAUUAGAUGAAGCAUGUGCGAGAGUAUGUCUGAAUGAUUAUGCAGAGCAGCUUAUCCCCGGCGCACCGUUUGUCAAGUUCUUCAUUUUCCAGUCACAAAAGCACAAUAUGUGUCAAUUGGUGAUGGGGGUUUCCCAUGCUCUCUAUGAUGGAAUCAGUUUACCACUGAUAGCUGAACAUAUUGGCGCGCUCUUUGACGGACGGCCAGUCCCAAAUGUCGGUCAAUUCUCUUCUUAUGUAAAAUUCAUCACAUCUGCCACUUCCAAUAGUCAUGAGGGAGAAUCAUGUGUGUACUGGCGCUCCCUGUUACAAGACGCACCGGUCCCAACCAAUAUAACUUCCGACAACUUCCUACUUGCGCCCGGAACGCAAAUGCGCAUGUACCGGGACGUCAAGAUUUCUCUGCCUUACAAAGGGGUCACUGUGGCAACAGCGUUUGCGGCUGCAUGGGGCACAGCCCUUGCCCGAGUGACUGGGAAAUGUGAUGUUGUGUUUGGCCGUGCUGUCUCCGGGCGGACAUUGACCUCUGCCACUGCAGAUCAUGAGACCGUCGUCGGGCCAUGCCUGAACAUUGUACCUGUGAGGAUGAAACUCUUCCAAUUUGAUCCUGCUAGUCCAUUCACUACUCAGGACAAGUCCCAAAUCGUAAAAUCACUCCAGUCUCAAUUCCUCAACUCCAUUCCCCAUGAGACCAUGGGACUGUCUGAGAUUGCGAGGCAGUGCACCGAUUGGCCGCAAGAUAUUUCAACCUUUGGCUCUUUAUUCUACUUUCAAAACAUUGAGCAGCAGGUCUCUGUUCUAGCGGGAGGCCAGGAUGUAGCUUUUGUCGCUCUCCCACUUGAGAGACCAGAUCCCCCUGAGCCACCUCGCCUGAAUGUUUUACCACGAGGUGAAAAGCUAUACACAUUGGAGCUACUGGUUCCAGAGCAAAUGACGAAUACCAACGCCUGGUCACAGCUUUUGGAUGCGAUGGUCGAGUGGUUUGAUGGUGUUCCUGGCGAUGCUUAA